GGAAUGGCGACACACGGAGCCGGUGGAGAUUACCCAGGGGAGGAUAAAGAGAAAAACCAGGGGGAAGGCGGUGCCGCCGGGGGGCCGAGCCUUGGUGCUGCAGGGGACCGUAGCGGAACAGGUGUAUCCACAGAACAGAUCCUAGAAACAGGAGAGCUUCUGCUUAAUGGGUUUAUCUCUGACCGGCUGCAAAACAACCCUGAUGUAGCUGGCGCGAGGGCGCUAUUCCCAGGCUCCACCCAACAUAGUGACCCUUCUAUAAAGCGGCUUAGUGAGUGUCUGAGGAAAAUAGGUGACGAGCUGGAUGCAAACAUAGAGCUGCAGAGGAGAAUUGAGUGUGUACCGUGCAACUCGCCAAAGCAGGUAUUUUUUCAUGUAGCCAAGGAGCUGUUUGCAGAUGGGGUCUUCAACUGGGGAAGAGUUGUUGCUCUGUUCUACUUUGCCUGUAAACUUGUUGUAAAGGCUCUUUGCACAAAAGUUCCUGAAAUGAUUCGCACCAUCAUUAACUGGACCAUGGAAUACCUGCGGGAAUAUGUGGUCCAGUGGAUACGGGAUCAAGGAGGCUGGGAAGGCAUGCUGUCCUACUUUGGUACCCCUACUUGGCAAACCGUUGGUGUGUUCUUAGCUGGUGUCCUCACUGCCACCAUUGCCAUCUGGAAGAUGUCCUAAUAUUUAGACGCAGCGCUUUUAUACCUGUUUUUAUACCGGAAGUACAUGGCUAUUUAGGAUCCACCUCUGUGCUGACAAACUGGUGCUUCCAUUAAACAGGCUCCAAGAGAACAUUACUGCAAGCGUCCUGGGGCUGAGAACUUCAGACAAUUAAUUUGGGGAUCAUGUUUGAUUUUUUUUUUUUUUUUCCUGUGCCUUUUUUUUUUUUAACAAUUUGACUUUUUAAACUGUUGUUUGAUAUAAUACUUGAACUUCCCCUCUCCCCCCUACCUUGUGGGGGCAAAAACCUUAGAAUGUGCAUGGGUAAUAGAGGAAUGCAGAGCCGCGCGUGGGAGCACGCCUGCUUGCAGAUGAUUAUUAGAAGUCAGACAAGAACUAAGAGGAAUGUCCAUUUUUUGCAUAAUUUGCACCCUGAAGUUUCCAAUUUCCGUUAUUUACAGAGCAAAAAACUUUCUCUCUCAGGGCUGGGAAAAUCGCAUCGUGUGUUAAUCACGCGCACAACCGGCACUUUUCAGGGGUGGUCCUUGGACAUUUUUUUAAGGUUUCAAUGAAUUGGACUUAGAGCUCACUGAGGAAUUACUUGCUUUUAGGAGCCCUCAUGCCUGUGAUUACUUUGCAUUAAUGGAGUUCCUUGAGAGCAGAGUAGUCACUAGCAAGAUAUUAGGCAGUUUUCAUUUACUGAUGCUCUUAAAAUUCUGAUUUAUAUAAAAGAUUUUAGUAAGAAGUCUGGAUCAGAGAUGUUUAACUAGAACUAUCUGCUUACUCAGACAACAGAAAUAAUUUACUGCUUAAUAUGUAGGUAACUGCUUUUUUUUCCAGUCACACAUUUGCCUUUCCAGUUCAGUAGAACAUGAAUACCUCAUACCAGUUUGCUGUGGGCAGUUCUAGGCUCGGCACCAGGGUUACCUUGCAUUUUUUUUUGUCUGACUAUAGGAUUUCACACUGCCUUGUGGGUCUGUAUCCAAAGGAGGAGACACCAGUGCUGAUUUUGCCAAAAUCACAAAACGACAAAUCCAGACAAGUUUUCUGCAUUCAUUAGUGUCCUUUCCUUAAGAUACAGGCCCCAUGGGCACAGUGAAAUGAGGCAUAAAAAUGCACAGCAAGGCUGAAAGGCCCUAGGGGUACAGAUGAGUAUUUUGGGUCUGGUCUUUUGUCCUCUUAUGUGAAAUACUCCUUUCUUUAUAGCGCCUGGGACUUUGGGGUGGACCACCUCCACGUCAGAUACGGUUAUUGUCCAUCCAGCAGUGAAACGCAGAUGCGAUGUGAUUUAGUUUCUGCCACUACACUAAUAGCGGCACACAGUAGCCAGACCCAACAUACUUAAAGGGGAUGUCAUUUUUAAAAUGAAUAUAUAGAUUCUUAGCACUAAAUGAUAAAACUUUGUAAUAUAUGUCUGGUAAAAAUGUUGGACCUGUUUGGAGAGCGAUCCGUUCUGCAGCUUUUUUUCUCUCCCUUGAUCGCAAUCCUGUUCAAAUUUUGUGUGUAUUUUAUUGGCAGCCCCCCUGAUGCUUAACUGUUAACCCUCAUAUAGCUACAUAUUUGUUUUGGAACUGCUGCCCCUCUGAGCACUAGGGAGUAUAGUGGUCAAGGGAGAGAAGAAAGUAGCAGGCAUAUAUUACAAAGCACUAAGAAUCUAAAUAUGUAUUUAAAAAAAAUGACUUUAUAUAUUAUAUAUAUAUUAUAUAUAUGUAAUUCAUUGCACCUUUUCAGACACCUUUCGGCAUAAAAACUUUUAGGGGUGGUUCACAUUUAAGUUAACUUUUAAUAUGUUAUAGAAUGGCUAAUUCUGAGCACCUUUUCAAUUGGUCUAUUAUUUGCCUCCUAACUCUUUGCGGCUUUCAAAUGGGUGUGACUGACCCUGGCAGCCCAAAACUGGCUACAGUUUUAUUGUUAUUGUUACUUUAUAUAACAUAGUUUCUAUUCCUCUCCUAUAACUCACCACUCCCUGGUUGCUAAGGUAAUUUGGACCCUCUCAACCAGCUGUUGAAACUCAAACUCCAAACUGGAUAGCUGCCAAACAAAAACUGAAAA